CCAAGUCAUUGUCGUUGGCGGCGGUGUAAGGUGAAUUAUUUGUAUCCGCUGUCGGUCUCCUUCCUUUUUAGAUCUUCCAAAUUUGAACUCUCUCUCUAGACAAAUUCAAAAUCGUCAUCAAAUUUCAUCUGGUUUAGCUUCCAAGUUUCAAUAAGUGAAAUUUUCUUAGUAUUGGAGCUGAAUUUCAGUGGGAGUUCUCUCUUGAUUUGAUUUUUCAGCAAGAGAUCUUGGUUCUCAAGAGCACUAGUGAGGGAAGAUGGACAAAGUUGAAUCAAAGAGCUCAGAUUUGGUCUGGUGCAAUGGCGAAAUCCGUCCCUUCCAUCCUCAUUGCCUGGCGAAAAAUGUAGAAGGGGUCGAUCAGAAAAUCAAACAAAUGGCUGAGAUAAUUGAACAGGUUGGAGAUCUUCCUGCUGAUAAACCCGAGAUUAAAUAUCAAAACCGCCUUCAGUUGAUUGCUCUUCUGGAGGAAAUUAGCCAGGGGCAUCAACUGCUGGCUCAACAGUAUGAUCACUUGCUUGAAAACCGUGUUGCUUCUCUAGCUCAUCAAGACUCAUCCAUGCUGACUCCCGAUCACAAGUUGGGAAAGCAGAAAACUGAACAGCAACCUGUUGCUUUUACUUACCCCCUCAGCUCUGGCAGCAGCAGCUCUAAUGUUUCAGGAAAGGAAGGUUCUCAAUUUUCCUCGCUAUCAUCAGAUUCUGAUUCUGAAUCUUCUAAUGCGUCUCCUAAGAAAUGCUCCAGCUUGAAUUUGAGAAAUUCUGGACAAAUGCAGAAAGGAGAAUAUGUGGUGAAGGAGUCUGGGAUUUCAGAGUAUGGUUUGAUAAACGCGAGGGACACUGAUGAGUAUAAUAUGCUGCUUUCGACAAUCUCCAGAUACGAAGAAGAAUUGAGGGCUUCAAAUGGAAAACUUCUCUCUUCAGAAGAUGAAAUUAUGAGGUUGAAUAGUGAGCUUGAGAAUGCCUUGGUGACCACGGAUAAGUGGAAAGCCCAACUUGAGACAACUAAGAACGAGGUGAAAAUGAUGGAGGUUGAUCUUGAUGUAGAGAAAAGGAAGGCGUCAGAGCUUCAAAUGCAAGUUGCUAUGUUGGAAAGCAAGGUGUUUGACUCUAGUUCCCAGAUUGAGACACUAAUGGAAGAGUUGCAAUUAACGGGAAAAAAGUUAGGAAUUUCAGAGGCAGAGGUUUCUGAGUUGAAGCGUGCCCAAUACGAUAGAGAUAAUGAGAUAAGGAAAUUGACAGCUUCACUGCAGGAUGCCUUGAGAAAUGCCGAAAUGGAGAAAGCAUGGUUUCAGUCUCACAAUUCUAGUUUAUCGGAAAAUCUGACACUUCUAGAGGCAAGACUUGCAGAACGUGAGAUGCAAAUCAAAACAUUGGAAAAUGAGAUCAGGAAAUGCGAAGGUUUGUAUGAAGCACAGGAGAUCAGAUGGCAAGGUGACAUUGAGGGAUUCAAAACGCAGCUGAAUGAGAAACUCGAAUUAGUGGAAUUUUUAAACAAAUCCCAAGAUGGGCUGAAACUGAAGUACGACAUGCUGAUGGCUGAGAAAGACGGACUUAAUGCUAAGGUACAAGCACUUACUGCGGAGCUAUGUUCUCGAGAGAAUAAUAUUAGACAAGUGGAGGGUCAUCUGCACAAAUUGCAAUCACAAAAUGGGGAGCUAAUUGUGGCUUCUGAAACUGCACUCAAAUUUAGGGAUGAACUUGGAUUGAAAGUGGAGAAUUUAGAGAAAGAAGUGGCAAGGCAGGCAGUCAUGAUCUCAGACAGAGCUGAGGAGAAAAGAGAGGCCAUACGGCAGCUAUGUUUCUCACUGGAGCAUUACAGAAGUGGCUAUCAGCAGCUCCGCCAGGCAUACGUUGGGCAAAGGAGGCACGCAGUAAUUGCUUCUUUAUCUCGGUGAAUUCUAAAAGCAAUCUUAUGUUAAAGUUUACAGUUCUAUAUUUUCUUCUCUAUGUUUAAAUGCUUUGUUGAUGCACUAAAAUCGAUCCUUUAACUUCCAAAAAAAACAAAAAGAGGCAGGUUUGUAUCAUGGCGAGGUCUGAAACUUGGGUUCUGCCGACACUCAUGAUAAACCGUAUUCAGUUUAGUCCACAUGGUGGAGAUCGUGUCAUCAGCUGUUGUAGGUUGUAUGUCUAUUUCAGUCUGAAGCAGUCAUAAGGAGUGAACAUGCGCUUUUAGAAUGUGGGUAACUGCAGAUGUUUGAACCACUUUUUCUCUUCCAUGUUGGGGGUUAAUGUGUGAAAUUCAUCAGUUCCCCUCAUCCUUGACCGGACUAAAUUGAACCAGGAGGAAAUUCAAAAUUUAAGUACGUAACGAGGGCUCCCACUAGAAAAAGAACUAAAGAAAAAUAUGCAAAAUGAGAGCUGAUAGGACUUAAAGGAGUGUGCCGGUCAUGCCCUGAUGCAUGGAUGUAAAAGGUGUUCUCUUACAUUACAAAGAUGAAAUCUGAAAUUUGUCUAUUGAGCAUUUGAUUUCCUAUGGGAAAAUAUAUUGUAGUUCUUUAGUCUUCGUAUUUUAUGUGAAUGGUACGAUUCUUAGUCUUGUUUUCAA